CUCAAUGGGAGAGCAAAGAAAAACCUGAUACCAUUUUAGAUGUGUAACUAAUUUUCCCGUUGUAGAUAACGUCGGCUUUGAUAUUAAAAUGAUAACAUGCAAGUACUAUAAGAUGGUUUAGGUAUACUUUGUGAAAUAAAGUAACAGAACCUAAUUUCUGAUCAACGUUUCACGUUCGUUCAUUGCGUGUUAAACACAAUUAAUAAAAAUGAAUAAUAAAUCGAUCUUAAUGCAAAAGCAAGUAAGGGACAAUGCAGAUGAUUUACAGAAAGAAUUUUUUGAUAUGAAAAACUGGGAGGAACAUAUGAAACGUAAGGACGAAGAGUUGAGGAAAGGAGCAGGUGAUCAGGUCACUUUGCCACCGAUUAGAACUAAACAUGAAAAUAAGAAGAAUACUGCUUCCCGUAAACAAACUGGAAGCGAUGUUAAAUCAAAAAAGAUCAAAUCGUUCGAUUACUCUACAUGGGAUAAAUUCGAUGUGGACAAAGCUUGUAAAGAACUAGACAAGGAAGAACAGUCUGAUUCUGAAAGUGAGCCUAUGUCCAAGGAAGAAUUAGAAAAGGCACAUGCAGAAGCGACGAAACAUAAAAAUGAAGGGAACACUUUGGUGCAGCAACAAAAGUGGUCUACAGCAAUCAGUUGUUACAGCCAAGCUAUAAAAGUAUUUCCAUAUGACGCAGUAUUUUAUGCAAAUCGCGCACUUUGCCAGUUGAAAUUAGAAAACUUUUAUGCUGCUGAAUCAGAUUCCUCUUCUGCGAUACAACUGGAUGAUAGUUACGUGAAAGCUUAUCACAGAAGGGCGAUGGCUAGAAUGAAUCUGAAACAAUACAGAGAAGCCAAAAGGGACUUGGAAAAAGCUUUGAAGUUAGAACCUUCCAAUAAGGAAGCCAAGUCAUUACUUAGUCAAGUUGAAAGCAAGAUCAAAUCUUCGGAGACGAAUGCUUUGAAAGAACAUAUUGAGAAAUCGUCUGAUGAAUCGACGAUUGAGAAGAAAAUUGGUGAAAAAUUAUGGAGUAAUACUACAUCGAAAGUACAAAUAAAAGAUACGAAAAAUACCAAAGAAGAUAAAGAUGUUAAAAAUGUAAAUAGUAAGUCUUCCUUGGAAAGUAGUGCAGCAGAUAAAAAAGAGAAGAGGAAUUUAAGUAUUCCCGAUUGGCUACCAGAGAAAGACACAGUUACUGUGAUAGAGCCAAUUCAAAAAGCUGCUCACUUACGUUCGAAAAAAUCUUUGACGAAGAUACCGAUCCAAGAAGUAGAUUUCAAUACCUUCCGUUAUGACAAAGAUAAAAUAAAGUGUAAAGAUGAACCGCGGACUACAGAAACGGAAAAAACUAAUACAAGCAGCAGUAUUAAAAAAGAUAAUAACGAAAUUCAGGUUUCUGAACCUGUCAAAGAUGAUAUCGGUACUAUACCUCCAGUUCCUAAAACAGUUGUACAGUUCUUAAAACAUUGGGAAACGAAUAAGUCGACACAAUUUAGAUACCAUUACUUAAAGCAAUUUUCAGAAACUGGGAUUUCUGAUAUAUUUCAAGAUUUGAUGGAGCCUAAUAUCUUUAGUCAAAUAAUCCACGUAUUAAGGGCUGAAUUCGUGGAAAGGAAGAAGCCUGUGUUCUAUUAUUUGAAAGAUCUCAGUAAAGUCAAACGAUUCAAUACACUCAUCAUGUUUGCUAGCAAUAACGAUAAAGAUAAUUUGAAAAGGCUCUUUGAAUACUGUAAGACGACUGAAAUACCCGAGGACGAAAUCUCAGCUUUGAAGGAUAAAUAUGAGAUUUGAAACUAGGUCAUCGUUGAACAGUAUUAAGUGAUGAUAGGAUUAUGUUAUGUUAUAUAUUUUGUACAACUUAUUCUAAUAAAUAUUCUUUUUUAUUUA